AUGCAAGCAACGUUCAGCCUAUGCCACACGGAGAGCUACAAACCUGAAGUCGAAUGUACUACAGGCGACCUGGCCAGUGUAUCACGGCGGGGCAUCCAGUGGUUCGUCUCGGACAUGGGGCUGGACAUAGUGCCCCAUGUCCGUGAUCUCGAACUUGAGGCACGAGUGGCCCAGGAGACGGCAUGCUGGCCUCAAAGAAGCACCCUGCAACCUCACAUUGCGACAGGCAUAUUCAUUGCGAGCACUACCUACCGCAAGAACAGCAUAGAUUCCAAGGUGUCAAUUGCCCUCUAUACUGCCAUAGCCGUCGCCAUGGACGACCCGAGAAUUAUUGAGUCUCUUAGCUCAGGAACAUAUCACUACUCCCUCUGCGCAGGCACCAUACCGGAAUCACCCGACUUGCUAGCGGAACUGAGCAAAGUGCUAGCGGCAAUGUGGGAGCACUUUCCGCGUUUCGGAGCUAGUUGCAUCCUGACGUCGACACUUCAAUUCAUGAACAUGACACUACUUGGGAAUGAGAUAGGCGACUAUCGUCUGAAACAUGAUGCGCUUCCCUUCGUCGAAUAUCGGCGCAUUAUGGACGGUCUCCCUGAGGUUUACUUCUCCUUCAUCUGGGAAAAGCGCCACUUCCCCGAUGUCACGGUUUGGAUGCAAGCCAUUCCGUACGUUGAUAUUACACCACCUCAGCCGUUUUCUAAUAUUCUCUGUAAGGAUGCUAUGAAGUUUAUCAACUUUGGCAACGACAUCUUAUCUUUCUACAAGGAAGAAUCCGCUGGAGAGACAGCAAACUACAUUCACGAUCGUGCGCGGUACACAGGACAGUCCAUCGAGGUGACGCUAAUGGACCUUGUGAAGGAGACGACCGCAUUAGCCAAUCGAGUUCGGCAAAUGUUGGGGGAGGGAGCCGCCACGGAUGCUUGGGACAGCUUCACUCAGGGGUACCUUCAAUUUCACACCAGCAAUCCGCGAUACCGUCUACGUGAGAUUCUAUGA